GUUUGCUCAGUUUCAAUAUAUGAAAACGAGCACUUGCUCACAAAAGCUGUCUCAUUCAUAUAUAUUUAUAUAGUUUUAGAUUUGUCUUUCUUACAUUUGGUAUCAGAGCCGCAUGAUCUAGGGCUUGUGAAGUGAAAUCUUAUACAUACACCUAUAUAUAUAUAUAUAUAUAUUACGUAUUCUAUGGCAUCAAAUAAUUUCUCCAUCUCUAUCCCAUUAUUCAAAGGUGAUAACUAUCUUUCAUGGGCCAUCAAAAUGAAAGCAUACAUGAAAGCUCUUAGUUUAUGGGAUGUCAUUGAGAGUGACAGUGAGCCUACUCCUCUUCCAGGAAAUCCAACAGUAGCCCAAAUCAAGAAACAUGAAGAAGAAAUGGCACGAAAGCCAAAGGCACUUUCAUGUAUCCAUGCAGCGGUGUCCGAAGAGAUUUUCACAACAAUCAUGGAUUGUGAGUGUCCUAAAGAAGCAUGGGAGAAAAUUAAAGAGGAGUUCGAAGGCAACCAACAAACCAAACUCAUGCAAAUUCUCAAUUUCAAAAGGGAGUUUGAGAUGGCGGGGAUGAAAAGUAACGAAGGUGUCAAAGAAUAUGGGAAAAGGUUGAUGUCCAUUGUCAAGAAUAUCAAAUUACUUGGUGGAGAUUUUUCAAGUCAAAGAGUUGUGGACAAGCUUUUGGUAACUCUUCCGGAGAGAUAUGAGACUAAGAUCUCUUCACUUGAAGAUACUAAAGAUCUCUCAAAAUUAAGUGCCUUGGAAUUGAUAAAUUCUCUUCAUGCCGUUGAUCAAAGGAGAUCAAUGAGAGAGGAAGAAAAUGGAGAAAAAAAUGAGGGACUCCUGUUAACUAAAUCUUCAUUCUCAAAAGGAACUGGCAACAAAAUUCUAUGCAAUCACUGUCAUAAGGUUGGUCAUGAAGAAAAGGAUUGUUGGCACAAAGGAAAGCCACAAUGCUUCAAAUGCAAAAGGUUUGGGCAUCUGGCAAAGAAUUGUAGAUUCCAAACUGAUGAAGAAGACUUGGCACAUUUGGCCGAGGCAGAACCUCUCCUUUAAAAUUAUGGGUGAUUAUGUGCACCAUGGGGAGAAGUGCUCCAAAGUGUUUAUUUUGAUGAGACGUGCAUCAAAAUUUGGUGGUGGUGAGAAGUGCAUCACAGAUGAAGAGAAGUGCUUCACAAAAUUUAAGAUUAUGGGGGUGAUUGUUGGAAUAAUCUUAAAUUUAGUUAUUAAUUAUUUGGUUUAUUUAUUUAAGGUAUGUUUUAAUUUGUUUUAUCCGUACUAAGACUAGGUCAGCUGGGAGUUACGUAGUAUUAGGAGUAUUUGAAUAGUCUGGAGUGAUGGAGAUAAUGGAGGAGUGGAUCCUAUUUGCCUGCCCAUCACUUUUGUUAGUUAGUUUUUUUUCUCUUCUAUAUAUUUUGUAAGACAUAGCAUGAAAAGUUACUGCACGGAUUAAUCAUGUUUGCUCAGUUUCAAUAUAUGAAAACGAGCACUUGCUCACAAAAGCUGUCUCAUUCAUAUAUAUUUAUAUAGUUUUAGAUUUGUCUUUCUUACAGCGUAAUUAUCUGUUUGUAACUUAACCAUCAAAUCAGCUUCUCAUGAUCUCAUCGAUGUCUUUCAAGGCAUACAGGGAGAAAGUCAGGCAUAUUUAAUUUCUUCGUGUUUUAGUUCUUUUAUUAUUUGUUGUCUUUCUGUUAUGCAAUAAAAGAAACAUAAAGAAAAAUAAACAACAAUGUUUUUCGGUUUGGUUGAGUUCAUCACCGAAUAAAUUAUGCAUUAUAUCUCCUUGGACUUAUGAGAGGAGAAAAUUAUUAAGUUGAGUACUCGAGUUUAUCAUCAGUUCGAACCCAUUUAGUUAUGUUUUUAUAUAUUUAAGCAUUAUAUAUUUGAAGUGUGUGAUUAGCUCAUGCACUUGACUAUAAGUUGGUGGUUCUAUUUAAUCAAAAUAUGAUAGAUGGUGGUUCUCUCCAUAUAUAUAUUCAAU